CUCAAAAAAACUAGUUUUCUUUUCUCUCUCUCUCUCACACACACACACACUCUUUAUUCAUCCAUUCAUUCAGAUUACAUCGAAAGCAGCAUUUAAAUUCUCCCCUUAUAUAUCCUUCUUCCCCUUCUUCUUCUUUUCUUCCUCGAAGAAAAAAAGAGAAGAGUUUUUUUUUUUCUAAAGUUUGACAAGUUUCAGGAUCAGGUGGAUCGGCCUAGGAAUAAGUAGCAAACUAUAUAUAGAGCCAAUUACAAGCUUUGAUUUAACAUUGAUGGAGUUGAUGAAAUCAGAGAAUAUCGUUCAAGACAGGCAACCUCAACCUCAAGAAGAAGAAGAAAUCAUGCAGCAAGAGGAAGAAGAAGAACAGCGGUUUCAUGUAUUGGCAGUUGAUGACAGUGUGAUUGACAGGAAAUUAUUGGAGAAGCUCCUCAAAGCUUCUUCAUACCAAGUGACGUGUGUGGAGUCUGGGGAAAAAGCGUUGGAAUAUCUGGGUUUGCUUCAUCACUCAUCUCCUGCUUCUUCUUCUUCUUCCCAACAUCAUCAUCAGGGACAUAAAGUCAACUUAAUAAUGACAGACUUUUCUAUGCCAGGAACGAGCGGCUAUGAUUUACUCAAACGUAUCAAGGGAUCUUCUUGGAAAGACGUACCGGUGGUGGUGAUGUCAUCAGAGAAUGUACCUUCAAGAAUAAGCAUGUGCCUAGAAGGAGGAGCAGAAGAAUUCAUGUUAAAGCCUCUUCAAUUAUCAGACCUACACAAAAUUCAAGCUCACCUUCUCAAAUCCCUUCCUCACUCUUAGCUCUACUACGUACCAUCAUUACUUUUAGCAAGAGAUACUACCCUAAUAUUUUAUCUUCUCACGUUAAACCCUAAACAAAUGAAACGACCAGCACUACUAGCAUGAAAAUUAGUGUAUAAAGUACUUUGUUACAUAUAUUAGGAGCACUGCUUACUUGGUUAAUGCUAUUGUGCUAAUCUAAAAAUUUCUGGAUUUAUUUUCA